CAGACACACACACGCACACACACACACACACAUACACACACCUGUUGUUCCGGCGUCCCGUCGGAUCGUCGCACCGACGAUCCUGUUUCCGCCAAGAGCCAAGAGCUGCACACCUGACCGGACGCCCACGAUGCACGCGGGAUGUAGAGACGAGCGCAGUCGCGUGUGAUCGCGGACGCUAGACAGGGGGUCGCCGCGCCAACGAGCCCGAUAGUGAUGGAGUCCACCUAACGGGGAAACACCCGCGACUUCACAUCGGCGUCGCGCAUCGCUCUCUCGAAGGCACGUCGACCGAGGACGUCGCUCCGAAUUCGCCCGUCGUCGUCCGUCGUCGAUUCCCCGCGUCGUUUCGCCGCCAGCCAGCAUGUCCAGGUAUAACGUCAACGAGGAGUACGACCUGGAGAACCGUCGGGAGGUCACGCUGACCGGCUUCAGCAGCAGCGCGCUCGACGACGUGCUGCGGAGCAGCGGCGGCAACAACAAUGAGCCGACGUUGAACGGCAAUUCGGCCGGCGCGCACGCCAUCACCAAAGACGCGAAGGUCGUUAACCUCGAGGUGCCAGAAAACAGCAGCAAGUCAGGUAUCCUGUGUUCUUCCGGAAGAAGCUGGCUCUAUCAGCGGAUUAAAAGUUCCUUCAGGAGGAAGUUACUGUUCAAAAGGAUACCGAUCCUAGCGUGGUUGCCGCACUACCGGAAGGAGUAUGUGGUGAGCGAUCUGGUGGCCGGUAUUACCGUGGGACUCACCGUCAUACCGCAGGCCAUAGCCUACGCUAACGUCGCGGGAAUACCGUUACAAUAUGGACUCUACUCGUCUUUCAUGGCGUGCUUCGUAUACACGAUUUUUGGCUCCUGCAAGGAUGUACCCGUAGGGCCGACCGCGAUCGCCGCGAUCAUGACUAGAGAGACCUUGCAGAGAGCGAAUCUGGGACCCGACUUUGCCGUCUUAUUGGCCUUCGUCUCGGGCUGCGUUUCUUUGCUGAUGGGUGUCUUGCAAUUAGGAUUUCUGUUGGACUUCAUAUCGGGGCCGGUGUCUGUGGGCUUCACGUCGGCAGCGUCGAUCAUUAUCGCCACCAGCCAGGUGAAAGAUAUUCUCGGGCUCCACGUAUCCAGCGGCAAAUUCGUGCAAGUCUGGCAAGAUAUAUUCAAGCGGAUUGGCGAGACACGGCUCUGGGACGCCGCUCUGGGAAUCGUCUGCAUAAUUGUCCUUCUGCUUCUACGGAAAGUAAAAGACCUACCGGUGAUACCAAAAAAUACCAAAGUGCCGUCGCAACUCCAACGAGCCAUCGCGAAGCUGCUCUGGUUGAUCUCCUCAGCCAGGAACAUCAUCGUAGUGAUCAUCUGUGGGAUAAUGGCUUGGCUCCUCGAAAUUCACCUGGGGGAGUCACCCGUCAUUCUAACGGGUCCUGUGAAGCAAGGACUACCAGAAUUUCGUCUGCCGCCUUUCGAAGCUCAUGUCGGGAAUGAAACCUACACUUUCCUCGACAUGCUCUCGUCUCUGGGCUCCGGCUGUCUUGUCAUUCCAAUGCUGAGCCUACUGGAAAGCAUCUCCAUCGCUAAAGUAUUUUCUGAUGGCAAAUCGAUCGACGCGACUCAAGAGAUGCUGGCACUAGGUGCAUGCAACGUAUUGUCGUCCUUUGUGUCGUCGAUGCCCGUGAGCGGCGGUCUCAGUCGAGGUGCAGUUAAUCACUCAUCCGGAGUGAAGACGACGCUCGGUGGGGUCUACACUGGUCUCCUGGUACUUAUAUCGCUGCAGUUCCUCACACCCUAUCUCUACUACAUUCCUAAGGCCUCUCUAGCGGCCGUAAUCAUCACCGCGGUCGUUUUUAUGGUGGAGCUUCAUGUGGUGAAGCCUAUGUGGCGAACCAAAAAAAUGGAUCUCAUACUAGCCAUCGUCACGUUGCUGUGCUGCCUUUUCGUGCGACUCGAGCUGGGCAUAGUGAUCGGCAUCGGUAUAAAUCUCCUGUUCCUACUUUAUGCCUCGGCCAGGCCGACGUUACGAGUUCAUAAAGCUACGAGCGUCAGCGGCUGUGAAUAUCUUGUCAUAACGCCGGAUCGAAGUCUGGUGUUUCCGAGCGUUGAAUACGUGCGAGCCGUCAUCAGCAAGCAAGGGAUGCGAGAAGGCACAGCCGUGCCUGUUGUGAUAGACUCCACGCAUAUUCAAGCGGCUGAUUUCACAGCAGCGAAGGGUAUCAAGACUUUGAUAGAGGAUUUUGUAAGGCGUGGCCAGCCAUUAAUUUUUCACAACUUAAAGCCAAGUGUUAUUCAGAUCUUCAAAGGCGUGAAACCAUCAAGCCUCACAUGCAGUUCCAGUGAACUUGAGCUCAACGACUGCCUUAAAGAAUACACCAAUGUAUCAAUCGAGACGCUGAAUCGAUACUGAACGCGUUUAAAUUUGGACGACGAUGCAAACGACAGCUAGAUUCUGGAUUGGUCAUCUCUCUCUCCUUCCUUAACGAGUAUCAGUAUUAUAAUGAAAAUACCGUUGCCUUCGUUCCACAGACAGUAUUACGCAAAGUAUACAGUA